ACACACUCUAUUUAAACUCACCCACCCAUCAGCUGAUCAAAUCCCAUCUUUCUAAAAAUUUCACCAAAAACAAGCCUUGCUUCAGCAGACUUCUCAUCCCUCUAUAUUCCUCUACAGAGAUCUUCAACUGGUCAUUGAUGUUGGAGGCGCAUGAAGAGUCGAAUGGGCACGUCGAACUCAUUUGAAAAAAAAUAAUGUCUCUUUUGAAACCCUUUGUAGUAUAUAUAACUCUUAAGUCUUAAACUAUUUAUAAUUCAUGUUUGACUUAUUAAGUUUAAUAUUAUUAUUAUAUUAUCUUGGUAUUUUGGGCUUGUUUUUUUUAGAGUCAAGUCUUCAAAAUAUUUUAUUUAAGCAUUUAUUUCCUUUAUAAAAAAAAUUGUUUCAAAAACUCGAUCUCAGUCUCAGUCACAAACAAAAUAUUCCGAAUAACCAUAUCUUUGAUUCCGAUUGUCAAACUUUUCUUAAUCAUUUUCUAUUUUGUUGUCACACACUUCUUUGAGUUCUUAUAUUGGUUGCCUUUUCCUUUGUUUGGUGUUUUUCCUUUGGAGGUUGUUCAACUGCCGCUUGUGGCACAUUUAGGCAUAUUUUCAUAAACUAUCAAUUUUUAUAUAUGUAUCUAUAAAUUGGGCUGCCACCGCAAACUCUUUAGCUGAAAUUCUUGAAUUUUCAGUGGAGAUGGUUUUCUUCAAUCACUGAGAGAGCAUUUCUGAUGGAUCUAGAAAGUGGGGUUUAUCAGAAUCAAAUAAAGAAAGAGUCUUGGAGAACGAUUCUCACACUAGCUUACCAGAGCUUGGGAGUUGUGUAUGGAGAUUUGAGCACUUCACCGCUGUAUGUGUACCAGAGCACUUUUGCUGAGGACAUUGAGCAUUCAGACACGAAUGAGGAAAUCUAUGGAGUUUUGUCUCUUGUGUUUUGGACAUUAACUCUUGUGCCUCUGCUGAAAUAUGUGUUCAUUGUGUUAAGAGCUGAUGACAAUGGCGAAGGAGGCACAUUUGCCUUGUAUUCACUCUUGUGCAGGCAUGCCAGGGUGAAUCCAUUGCCUAGCUUCCAACAGGCUGAUGAGGAUUUGUCAGCUUACAAGAGGGAUGUUGUGGGGCCCGUGCCGACAAGCUUCGGGGUCAGGCUGAAGUCCACUCUGGAGAGAUACAGAGUGUUGCAGAGGUUCUUGCUUGUGUUGGCUCUGCUUGGAGCAUGUAUGGUGAUUGGCGAUGGGAUAUUGAGUCCAGCAAUUUCUGUGUUUUCUGCUGUUUCUGGUGUUGAAGUUGCCAUGGCAAAAGAGCAUCACAAAUAUGUAGAAGUACCCGUUGCUUGUAUCGUACUGAUAGCCUUGUUUGCCCUUCAACAUUAUGGCACCCACAGGGUUGGAUUCUUAUUCGCACCUGUGGUCGUGACAUGGCUUUUGUGCAUAAGUUCUAUCGGGCUGUACAAUAUUUUCUAUUGGAACCCUCACGUGUAUCAAGCUCUAUCGCCGUACUACAUUUAUGUAUUUCUAAAGAAAACUCAAAGAGAAGGUUGGAUGUCGUUGGGAGGGAUUCUUCUGUGCAUAACAGGUUCGGAAGCAAUGUUUGCUGAUCUCGGGCACUUCUCCCAAUUGUCAAUUAAGAUAGCAUUCACAUCUUUUGUCUAUCCGUCCCUAGUCCUCGCGUACAUGGGGCAAGCUGCGUAUCUUUCUCAGCACCACGAUAUGCAGAAUCAGGUCGGGUUUUACGUCUCCGUACCUGAGAAACUAAGAUGGCCGGUUUUGGUGAUAGCGAUCCUCGCUGCAGUGGUUGGAAGCCAAGCCAUUAUCACCGGAACCUUUUCUAUCAUAAAGCAGUGCUCGGCCCUAGGCUGCUUUCCGAGGGUCAAGAUAGUCCACACCUCGUCGAAGUUCCACGGACAGAUUUACAUCCCCGAAAUCAACUGGAGUUUGAUGAUCCUAUGCCUGGCUGUAACUGUCGGUUUUAGAGACACGAGACGUCUCGGUAAUGCUUCAGGUCUAGCCGUUAUCACCGUGAUGCUGGUCACGACUUGCUUGAUGUCUCUCAUUAUUGUAUUGUGUUGGCAUCAGAGCGUCCUCCUGGCAAUUCUCUUCGUCGUGUUUUUUGGGACGAUCGAAGCCCUCUACUUCUCGGCUUCUCUGGUCAAGUUUCUCGAAGGAGCCUGGGUGCCGAUUGCUCUCUCGUUCUUCUUCAUGAUAACGAUGAGCAUCUGGCACUACGGGACGCUCAAGACAUAUGAGUUUGACGUUCAAAACAAGGUCUCCGUCGAUUGGCUUCUCAAACUCGGUCCGAGCCUCGGCAUUGUUCGUGUCCGUGGCAUCGGCCUCAUACACACGGAGCUGGUCUCCGGAAUCCCAGCAAUAUUCUCGCAUUUCGUCACCAAUCUCCCGGCCUUCCACCAAGUUCUCGUGUUCCUUUGCGUCAAGUCCGUCCCCGUUCCUCACGUUAGGCACGAGGAACGGUUUCUUGUCGGACAUAUCGGCCCUAGAGACCAUCGGAUCUACCGAUGCAUCGUUCGUUACGGCUACCGAGACGCCCACAAAGACGACCUAGAGUUCGAGAACGAUUUGGUAUGUAGUAUAGCCGAGUUUAUAAGGACGGGGAAGGCCGCCCUAACCGACGAAGACGUAGAUUCCGCAAAGCAUAGCGAUGAAAUGGUCGUCGUCGGAUCGCCCUCAACCCAUCAAGGGAUCCGGUUCUGCGAGGACGAAGACGACAGAGGGGAUCGUGAAACGGCGGGCACAUCGGAACUCAGAGAAAUACGGUCUCCUCCGGUGAUGAAUGUGAGGAAACGCGUCCGGUUCGUCAUCCCCGAGAGCCCGACGAUCGAGAGACGCGCCCGGGAUGAGCUGCGGGACCUCGCCGAAGCUCGGGAAGGCGGUGUAGCUUAUAUUUUGGGGCACUCGUAUGUAAGAGCAAAGCAAGGAUCAAGUUGGAUGAAGAAGAUGAUGAUAAAUUUAGGGUAUGAUUUUUUGAGGAGGAAUUGUAGAGCUCCAACUUAUGCAUUGAGUGUGCCUCAUGCUUCAACAUUAGAAGUUGGGAUGGUGUACCAUAUUUGAUCUUGGUUGUAAAUAUAUUUUUUCUUUAUAUGUAAAAAUGUGUUUUUGUAAUUGUAAGAAGGAAUAGAUGCAAAGUUUACAUGUGUUAAUGGUGAUUUAAAUUGUUUUAA